UGCCCUCCUGGGCUGGGCGAACAAGGGUAUGGAGUGAACUAGCUCUGUGUGACCGUGAGUCACGCCCGUGGUUCCCCGAGAGCCCGCCCCUCUUGGCAGGCCAACCAGGGCAAGGUGGGGUGGGCAUUGCCCCGUGCCCCUCAAAACUCCCAGAGGCAGGGCCUCCCUCCUGGCUGCCCCCUCCAGCCAUAGCUACGGAGGCUGUGGCUCUUGGCUGGCCUGUAAGUGUCUUGCCUUCCUUCUGGUAGGAGUUGCUGCUCCUUGUCCCAGAGGCCAGCAGACCCUGCUUGAGGGCUCCGGGGUGGAGGGGUGGCUCUCCAGGCCUCUUCCUCCCCCUCCCCACUGGCUGGGUGGGGGUGGGAAGGGGGCGGGUGCAGCCAGGCUGAGCCUGAUGAUUUCCUGCCCUCACUCGGGGCUCACCACAGCUUCCUGCCGCAGGCGGGCAGGCACUGAGAGAAGCAGACGCCUCGCUGAGUGGCAGGUAGGGCUGGGGCGCAGCGGCUGCGCAGGGGGACCGGCGCCCCACACUCCGGCCCAAAGCCUGGCCGGAGGGUCUGGGGAUCACGGGGCUUCCCCCAGCCAGUGCUGACGCCCCCCACGCCACCAAACAAGGGGAGGGGGCCCAGCGACGGGCCCAAGGAAGGCACAGCUGCUGACGCUCAGGCUUCCAGGCUGGUGCCCACUCAGCUCCCGCACCCCUGCUGGCCCAGCCCUCACCCUGCGGCAGCUCAGCCCUCGAGGGUGUGCGGCGGGCAGCCGGGCCUAGUGCGCGACGUCUGCUGCAGAUGGAGGCCGUGGUCCUCAUCCCCUACGUGCUGGGCCUCGUCUUGCUGCCUCUCCUGGCCGUGGCCCUGUGCGUGCGCUGUCGGGAGCUGCCAGGCUCUUAUGACACUGCGGCCUCUGACAGCCUGACCCCAAGUAGCAUCGUGCUCAAACGACCUCCCACAGUUGUGCCCUGGCCAUCAGCUGCCUCCUAUGGGCCUGUGACCUCCUAUCCACCCCUGAGCCAGCCGGACCUGCUCCCUAUCCCGAGGUCCCCACAGCCGCCCCGCAUGCCGUCUUCCCGGCAGGACUCAGAUGGUGCCAACAGUGUGGCAAGCUAUGAGAACGAGGGUACGUCUGGGGCCCCGGGUGCCCUGCUCGCAGGGAGGCUGGUGCCCAGCCUGGGCCCUGCUGAUCGCUGUGUCACUACCCCAGCACCCGUCUGUGAGGACGACGACGAGGACGAGGAGGAGGACUAUCCCAAUGAAGGCUACUUGGAGGUGCUUCCCGACAGCACACCGGCCACCAGCACCGUUGUCCCACCAGCUCCUGUGCCCAGCAACCCCGGCCUCCGAGACAGCGCCUUCUCCAGUGAGUUGGCCCUCCUGACUGGGCUGUGGCCCCCCGGCGCUUCCCUCUCCUGUGAUUUCUGCCUGGAAUCUCUUUCUUGGCCUCUGGCAUUCCUUCCCCACAGUCUCCCAUCUUGUUUCACGGAGGCCGUGUCAUCUUGUAAGUCUCUAAGGAUAUUGAUUAGAGCUGGUCUGCUGGGGGUGGGGGGGUGGUUGGGAAGUUUUCUUCUGUUUCCGGCAUCAUUUCGGUUUCCUUUGAGCUGCUUUUCUCCCUUCGUGUUGGUCUCAUGCUGCCUGUUAGGGGCUGCCUUCCGUGUCUGGUUUUCUGUCACUGUCCUCAUUCUCUGGCCAACUUGCCAUCUGUGCUAGCUCUUCUUGUCAUUCAGAGGUUUAUCAUCACCCGCCCCCCGCCCCGUACUUACUGGAAACCUCUCAUGUCAGGGUGAGAGCUAGCUCGGGGCCUACUGCCUGCCCUCCUAAGAGUGUUUUGUGCGUUAGCUUAUUAAACCUCAUGAUUCCUGGGUGCUGUUGAGCCCAGCUCUUCCCCUCUUGAGCCUCGUUGUCCCAGCUGUGCGACAGGAGGGAUUCUUUAUUUACCAGACACACUUGUUGGAGGACAGGCCUCAUUUUUAUAUUCUCUGCUUUAGUUCUCAUGACAGCCCUGGGAGGCGGGUGCCGUUGCUCAGCCUCUUUUACUGAUGAGAACCCCAAGACCCAGAGAGAUUAUGUACCUCAUGUGAGGUUACAUGACUGUUAGUGCCAGAGCUGGGUUUGAACCGCUGGCUCCAAAGCCCACCUAGUCCACGGCCUCAUGGAGAAACGAGUCCACAUAAAAGGACAAGAUGGCGCCAAUGGUGACAGGUGCUGGAAGGCACUGAGAUGAGAGUGGGGGGUCAGGCAGGUCUGGCUGAUGGGACCCAUGGGGAACAAUACUUCGGACUCAGCAUGGACCUGAGUGUUGUGUGCACCCAGAGUGUAGGCUCUCUGUCCCUGUCCCCAGCCUGGGGGACAUGCCAGAGUCUGUCUGCUCCCUUGGUUCCACUCCCUCUCAUCAUCUCUGGCCAGGUUGCCCUACUUCUCGCUGUCACCAAGGCCUCUGUGGGCCCCCCCAGCCCAGGGCUGGCAGUGAGGCAGCCUCUGGAAUCAGUGGGUAGGGGUCUGGGGCUGGCCAGCUAGGUUGCUGUGGGGAGUCUGUGCGCAGGGCUCUGGGUGACGGUGCCUGGGGGGCCCUGCUUCUC